AUGAUCAGCACCAUCAGCGGAGGCCCCACUCUGGCAGGACCCUCUAACCAAUCGGUGAAACAGUAUGUGCGUGCCGCUCACUACCCUCAGGUCUUCGGCAUAGAGGCCGAUCGGCAUCGUAAGUUCGCGAAGGUGGGUUGGGAGCCCAUAACCUUUUGCGAAGAAGAGGAAGAAGGGAUCAUUUAUCCCCAUGACGACCUGAUGAUCAUUCGAGCCGAAAUCGCCGAUUACGAUGUAGGUCGGGUACUGAUUGACACUGGGACUCGGUAA